AAAGGAAAAAAUCUUUUAAAAGUGUGCACGUGUGCAUUGUUUUUAUAUUAGUGGGUAAUGAAAAUAGAAUAAUGUAGAUUAUAGUGAUCAAUCAAAAUGUUAAAAUACAAUUACACAAAAACUUCAAAAUUCCGUUUUUACAAAACGGGAAUAUUUCCGAUUCAUAAACAUUUUUUAAUAUUUAUUAUAAUAACUUUUGUGAUUAUUUUUGUGUACACGUGUCCCUCAAUAUAUAAGUCAUUAUGUUUCUAUCCUUUAAAUACUUCUAAAACGUGUCGUUACUAUGUAUACAAUAGUACUUAUCCUAUAACAAAACCCGUCAAAUUGUCGAAUGGUAUAUCUUACAAAAUAGCAAUUAUUAGUGAUCUUGAUCAGCGAUCGAAACAUUCGCAGAAAUCUAAUUUAUGGUAUAGUAUUAUGAAGACAGGGCACCUUUUGUGGGCACCUGUGUCAAAUACGAUAAUUGUUACAUGGAAUGAAGAGGAAAUUAUUCUCUCUUCAUCCAUAUCAAUGAAAGGACGUGGAAUGGAAUUCUCGGAAUUGGUUACCUUUGAUGGACGUCUUUUAACAUUUGAUGAUCGAACUGGAAUAGUUUACUCAAUUGAAAAAGAUGAAAUAUAUCCUUGGGUUAUUCUUAUGGAUGGCAACGGUAAAAACACGAAAGGUUUCAAAAGUGAGUGGGCAACUGUCAAAGAUGAUCAACUUUACAUUGGAAGUAUAGGAAAAGAGUGGACAUCAAGUUCAGGUGAAUGGGAACACAAUAAUCCUUUAUGGAUAAAAAUAAUUUCACCCCGAGGAGAAGUUCAAUCUGUUAAUUGGAUGGACAAUUAUAAAAUAUUGAGACAAGCAAUCAACAUUGAUUUUCCAGGCUACAUGAUUCAUGAAUCAGGUAUAUGGAGUGCUGUACAUAAAUGUUGGUUUUUUCUGCCGCGUAAAUGUUCAACUCACAGGUAUAACGAGACCUUGGAUGAAAUAAGAAGUUGCAAUCUACUGUUUAGAGCUGAUGAAAACUUUUCUAAUAUUAGAGUAAUCCAAAUUGGAACUGUGACACCAACAAAAGGAUUUUCGAGUUUUAAAUUCCUGCCUGGAUCUAAUGAAAAUAUAAUUAUAUCUUUAAAAACUGAAGAGUAUCAGAAUCAGAUGGCUACUUAUAUGAUGGGCUUUACAGUUGAUGGAGAUAUUAUUAUGCCUGAACAGAAGAUAGCAUUAGAGAAAUUUGAAGGAUUUGAAUUUGUAUAAAAUUAUAUAAAUUUGUUAAUAAAUUUUUACAUGUUUUAUUA